CCUGUGGUACAGUAGAAACUGAAGCAGGAUUCCUGUGUAAUUUCACAACGAUGCCAACAUGGCAGACAAGGGGGUUGUUAUUCGUAUUUUGUUCUUUAACUUUAAUCACGAUGUUAACAAACAAGUAUGUUCUAUCAACACUGAAAUUUACAUACCCAACAAUUUAUCAAAGCUGGCAAACAGGUACAGUGGCUGUAGUUCUUUUGAUCCUUCAUGGUAUUGGAUAUAUACAACUGGACUUAACAGUUAACAGGAAUAUCAUGAUUGCCUGGUUUCCAGCAACUGUAUACUUCACAGGAAUGAUCUACUCAGGUUCUGUUGCAUUGUCAAAGCUGCCUAUACCAGUAUUCUGUGUUCUACAUUACAUGACAUUUAUGUGGGUCUCAUUAAUAGAAACAAUUCUGCACAAAAAAGCAUUGCAGGUUCUCCCAACUCUCUGUCUAGCUCUUGUUGGCUUGUCAUCUGUUAUCAUUGCAAGAUCAGAUCCUCAGUUUAACCGUAUUGGCUACACAUGGAUGAUAUUGCAUUGUAUCUUUGCUGGAAUGUACCUGUAUACAGAAAAUUCUCUCAAAUCUUUAAAAUUGAGGGAAAUAAACAAAAUAUUUUACAACACUAUAUCCAGCAUCAUAAUUUUAAUGGCUGUGUGUGUUGGUACAGGGGAACUGUAUAAAGUACUAGAAUUUCCAUUCCUGUAUACCAGAACAUUUCAUAUUGGCUGCCUAGUGAGUGGAUUAUUUGGUGCAGUGCUUAGUAUUCAAGGAACUGUAAUUGCAAACACUGAGUACAAAUUGUCCUUACCGACUAUCAGUUGUAUCAACAAGAUUCUUCUUUCGAGUCUGUCUCUUUUGGUCUUUCAAGCAGGCUAUACGAUCAGUAUGGCGUUAAGCAUCAUGGUUGGGCUUUUGGUUGGACUUAUUUAUUGUAACACAUUAUCAAAUGAGGAUCCUGUGGUAGAUCCUCAACAUUUGCACGUCACUGUGGAUUGAUUAUGGAUGAAACCAGGGAGUUGGGAGGGAGACCUCUUUUUAGCCAAUUAGAACCCUCCAUUUUCGAUAAUUUUUUUCCACCUUCAUCUCCCUCCCACCUCCCCUAUGAAACAGGCUAUUACAGCAUAAGAAGAAGCUGAGUGGAUCGACAAUUGAAAACUUGUAAUUUAAUACGACAAAAGAGAAUUAAACAGGCUUCAUCUCCAGA